GCCGCGCCCAUGAAACAUGUGCUACUGUGAUUUCUUCCAUAAAUUUGCUGUUUCUUGGUCGAUUAGUGGCCGAUGUCGGUUUCAGUGGUCCAAAUUCAAAUCUGCAGUUAUUUUUUUACAUAGAAUCUAAACUUAAAAAGAAUUAAAAAUGGGAAAAAAGAAGCGAGCACCAAUGGCCGACAAGGUCCAAAAGAAGAAGAAAGUGACUGUGAAGAAGGUCAACCCUUUCGAGGUCAAGGUCAACCGCCAGAAACACAGUGUCCUUGGGCGCAGGGUCACCAAACAUGACAAGGGAAUGCCGGGGGUCGCAAGGUCAAAAGCUUUGAAGAAGCGUCAAGCUACACUUCUUGUUGAAUAUAAGAAACGAGGCAAAGCCAACAAGUUCAUCGAUAAACGGUUCGGGGAAGACGACCCAAACAUGACCGUGGAAGAUAAAAUGUUGGCACGAUUUGCUCUAGAAAAACAGAAAACCCAUGAGAAACCUGCCAUGUUCAACCUGAAUGAAGAAGAAGAGUUGACCCAUUACGGCCAGUCUCUGUCGGAGAUCGAGAAGUUCAAUGAUCCUGAGACUGAUGACGAAGAUGAGGAGGAAGAGGGACGAAUCACUGCUUCUAUGACCGGGGAGCAGCAUUUUGGUGGCUUCAUGACCAAAGUUGAAGGGAGUGAGAGACCAGAGGUUAAUAAAUCCUGGAAGGAAAGGAUGGAAGAGAUGAUUGCAAAGUCUAAGAAAGCAAAGUAUGAGCGUCAGACGGAAAAGGAGAAGUCGCUAGAAAUGACAGAAAAAGUUGACAGUGAAUGGAAAGAACUCCACAUGCUGAUGGCAGCUUCGAAGAAAACCAAAGAAGACAAAGAAGGUGAAAAAGGCCUCGACGACUUUGAUGUGACGGUGAGACAACUUGGAUUCGAAGCCAAAGGUCAGGCUACUGAUCGUCUCAAGACGGAGGACGAGUUGGCCCAGGAGGAGAGGGAGCGCCUUGAGAAACUGGAGGAAGAUCGUCUCCAGCGGAUGAAGGGAUUCCUGGCCGAGGACGACGAGCCAAAGACACAGCAUCGGUCGGCAGAUGAUUUGGAUGAUGGGCUUUACUAUGGAGAUAAGCCUAAAGGAAAGAAAAGCGUGCAGUUCCACUUGAGUUAUAAAGAUGGCAAGAUGCUGACCCCUGAGACUGAGGAACAGAGCGGAGACGAGGAUGGGUCUGAGGAAGGAGGGUCUGGGGAUGAAGGAGUAGAUGAGGAAGGGUCCGAGGCUGGUGAGGAGAGUGAAGACGACGAGGAGGACAAAUAUUCUGAUAUUGAUGUGGAGAGUGAAGAUGAGGUUUCCGAAGGGGAGGAGGGUGUGGAAGAGGAGAGUCCCGAAGGGCAGGAGAAGAAGAAGGGAAUAUUAAAAAAAGAUCCCAAGAAAAUGCUGGCGAACCUGAAGAAACGGAAAGCAGUAAUGGAAGCCGCCAGGAAAGAAUUGCCGUAUACCUUUGAAGCUCCCGCUGCCUACGAAGACCUUGUCGUUCUGUUAGGGGAUCACACGGUCCAGGACCAGCUCACUAUCAUAGCACGGCUGAGGAAAUGCACCCACCCUAGUAUAGCUGAAGGCAAUAAGGAGAAACUUGAACAGACUUUUGAAUACCUUUUGGAAUAUUUUGGCGACUUGGCUGCACAUCGGCCACCUCAGUUAGAACUCAUUGACAAAUUGACGGUGCCGCUUUAUGAAAUGUCGCAGCAGUUCCCACUCAAAGCUGCCGAGGUUAUCAAUGACUUUCUGUCGGGGCGGCGAGAUGGUUUUAAGGAUAUGGCCGAAAGACGAGCUGGAAGGGGCACUUUCCCUUAUUUAGAUACACUUGUCUAUUUCAAGUUAGUCUCUGUGUUAUUCCCAACAUCUGAUCUCCGUCAUCCUGUCGUCACGCCAACCAUGUUAUUCAUGGCACAGAUAUUGACACAGUCUCCAGUCAGUAAUUUGAGAGAUGUCUCUGUUGGCCUCUUCAUCAUUAAUUUAUUUCUUGAGUACGUAAGUUUAUCCAAACGAUUGUUGCCCGAAGUCCUCACUUUUCUUCACGGGCUGCUAUUUUUGGCGGUGGAGAAAGACCCAAAACAAAUUGAGCAAGUCUUCCCACCAUUCAAGCCUGUGGGUAAAAAUAUAGAUCUACUGCUAUUGAAAGAAAAAGCCAAGAAAGUAAACGUGGUGCCGUUCAAGAUUAGUGAGACGAUUUGUUGCACCGAUGUCAGGAAACUCGAUACCAAGGAAUAUAGAGUGAGUGUGAUAUCACAGACCCUGAAAUUAAUCGGAGCCUACAACGCCCUAUACACAGAUCUACCAGCAUGGAAGGAGCUUUUCUCGCCAAUUCACCAAAUGCUGCAGAAAUUGCCAAUCAAAAGAUACCCAAAAGCAAUUCAAGAUCUCCACUCGUCACUUGUUGAGACUUUUUCUGGUCCAGGUAACCCUAGACAGUUCCUGACCUUUGCAAAGAGAAAGCCGGCUUCUAUUAGGCAAAUGGAGCCCAAGUUUGAUGAAGUGUUCGAUGGAAAGAAGAAGCGUGGUGGAUCGCGAGGCUUCAAGGAGAAACAGCAGCUCCUCCACAAACACAAGAAGGAGAUGAAGGGGGCCAUGAGAGAGAUCAGGAAAGACAACCAGUUCUUGGCAAAACAGAAACUCAAGGAACAAAUGGAGUUGGAUGUUGAGAGGAAGCGUAAGGUGAAGGAGAUCCAUUCGAUGUUAGCAAAUCAGGAGGGAGAUUUCCAGGCGAUGAAGAGGAAGAAGAGCAGUUGAGGAUAACCGAAGAAGAGGUCAAUAAGAUGGAGUCAUUCUCAUUCUAAUACAUUAGAGGGCCUAGUCCUACAACCAUUCUACGCCAUUUUAAAAAAUCAAUUAACAUGUGCGUGUUUGUAAUUUUGGGCAACUAAUUGGUCUUGAAAGGUGUUGCGAAGCAUAUGGACUAAACGACAUGCAGAAUAUCCCCCAAAAGCCAAAUUUUACCGAAAUUGUGUAAACCUUUUGUGCUCUUUGCUCAUGUGCAUCAGGGUAUUGGCGUGCAAAAACAAAGCAAGAGAGAGAAAUAAUUGGUAGUAUUCCUCCAAUGAGACAGCAAAAUUUGAAGCAAAAUUGCUGCCGGUCACAAACCCCACAACUGCACAGCUUUUACAUUGGCUUUUGAUUAUGCAGUGCAUGGCAGUGAUAACAGAUCACAAAGCCGUUAAAAGCAGCAAAACUGUGACAGUAAACUGCUGUACAUGUAGUGGAAUCAGACCUUUUCUCCUUUGAAGCAGUGUAUUAUAUUGUAUAUAAUAUUGGUGAA